AUGAAGUUCUCCGCUGCUGUUGUCCUGGCUGCUGCCUCCAGCGCUCUUGCUGCCUCCAACGUCACCGUCGUCACCCAGACUGUCCAGUCCCUCGUGACCUACUGUCCUUCCGCCACCACCAUUGUCCAGAACAGCAAGACCUACACCGUUACCAAGGCCACCACCCUGACCAUUCUCGACUGCCCUUGCACUGUCGUCAAGACCGUCCCCGCCUCCACUGUUCCUGUCAUCUCCACCAGCGCUGCUGCCGUCAAGUACAACACCACCGUUCCCGGUGUUGCUCAGCCCACCGGUGCUACCUGGACCACCAAGGCCGGCUCCAACCCUACCGGCACUGGCAAGACCUCCGUCCCCACUGCCGCUGGUGCCAAGAUGGGUCUCUCUGGACUCGCUGGUGCCGUCGGUCUCGCUGCCUUCCUUCUGUAA